AGAGUAUUCUAGAACUCCCAAUUCUUUAAACCCUUCUUAAACCCUCAUAUUUCUAAGAACUCUUCUAAAAAAACCCUCUCAUCAAUUACAACCUUCAGCACCAAAAUGAUGUGCUCACCAGAAACCACCACGCCCUCCUCCAAAAUCAUUCUAUCAGCAGCUGCCUCGCUCGCUGCUUCAGCCAUUCUCUUCCAAACCAUCAACAACGUCGUCCCCACCUCUGUCCAGGACUACUUCAAUUCAUGCCUGCAGAGACUCUCCAUUCGUUUAUUAUCCCAACUCACUGUUGUUGUCCAAGAGUUUGAUGGGCUCAUUGCAAACCACAUGUUCGAGGCAGCCAACAUUUACUUGGGCGAGAAGCAAUCGCCUUUGACAUCAAGAAUUAAGGUUAUUAAGAUGGAGAAAGAGAGGGAACUGGCAGUGACAAUUGACAAGGGUGAAGAGCUGGUGGAUAUAUACAAUGGUGUGAAAUUCAAGUGGGUUUUGGUGUCUUCGCGCAAUGACAAGCCGGUUUCAAAUACAAGGAGCAAUCAACAAGGGUUUGCAGUAUCAGAGACACGACACUUUGAGCUGAGUUUUCACAAGAAACAUAGAGACAUGGUGCUGAGAUAUUACUUACCCUAUGUUCUAGAGCAAGCAAAAGCAAUAAGAGAACAAAGGAAGACAGUGAAGCUUCAUACCAUUGACUAUAAUGGUACUGACUAUUGGAGCUCAAUCAACCUUGACCAUCCAGCAACUUUUCGUACAAUGGCUAUGGACCCGGAUUUGAAGAAUAUGUUAAUUGAGGAUCUUGACAGGUUUAGAGGGAGAAAGGAGUACUAUAGGAGAGUAGGGAAGGCCUGGAAACGUGGGUAUUUGUUGUAUGGACCACCCGGUACAGGAAAGUCUAGCCUAGUUGCAGCCAUGGCUAAUUAUCUUAAAUUUGAUAUCUAUGAUAUGGAUUUGAAGGAGGUUCAGUGCAAUUCUGAUCUUAGGCGGUUGUUGAUUGGAACAGCUAGUAAAUCUAUAUUGGUAAUAGAGGACAUUGAUUGUUCAACUGAGAUGCAGAAUCGGGAAUUGGAUAACAAAGCCAUGUCUUUAGAGGAUGAGAAGGUUUCGCUCUCAGGUCUGUUAAACUUCAUUGAUGGCUUGUGGUCAAGCUGUGGAGACGAGCGAAUCAUUGUAUUCACAACGAAUCACAAAGACCGCCUUGAUCCAGCACUGUUGAGGCCUGGUCGUAUGGAUGUGCACCUCCAUAUGUCAUAUUGCUCGUUUAGCGGAUUCAAGACAUUAGCUUCUAAUUACUUGCAAGUUCAGGAUCACCCACUGUUCAGAGACAUCGAAGACUUGCUAGAGAAGGUUGAGGCAACACCUGCAGAAGUUGCAGGAGAGUUGAUGAAAAGUGACACAAUAGAAGUCGCCCUACAGGGGCUUAUCAAGUUCCUCCAGAACAAAAAUGAUGGAAAUUAACUGGGCAUCUAGUAGCCCAGUGGACAAACAAUUGAAGCUGAAGGAAUUAGUAAUGGGGUAGUUAGCCAAGUGUAAGACAGUGCUUUUUUUUCCUCUCCUUUUUGUUGGAAUUUUUAUACAAAACCCCAAUUUGCAUUUUAGGGUCAGAAUUUCAUAUUA